AUGUCGGUGUCCCUCCUCAAUUUCGUGCAGACAGUUCCCCAACCACUCACCUCCGCACUCAUCCAGCUCUCGCCGCAGAUUCACUUCGGGCGCACCGCGUUGGAGAUCGUCUCAUGGAACAACACCCUUGAUUCAUGCUUGGUCCUCGCCGGAUGGUGGUUCGUCUGUACUUUCUACUAUUCGGUAUGCGUCUUUCUCCUCCCACUCUUCCUCGUCGUCUACGCCGUUUUGCGCGUCCAAAGACGAAGCACCGACGCCGCCAGUGUUGGUCACCCGACCACUGAAGACUCGCUGCAAGCUGUCAUUACUGAUUUGUCAGUCAUCCAAUCACUAAUUCCUACUCUCUCCCUUCCAUCGAAUUCGAAUUCGGACGCGAGCUCGAGGGCAGAAAUCGGGAUCGAAGCGACGCGAAUACUUCGCCCACUGUUCACUCUUUAUACACUCUACGUUGUUGCGACCCUCAUUGUCCCAGUAAAUAUCCUUGCCGCCAUCUUCGGUUCUCUCUUCAUUACACAUCGUUCAAGAUGGUCUUGCACUCUUCGUUCGACAUUAUGGAAAAGCGCGUAUAUUCGCUUUGCUGCUUACCGCUUGGGCGCCUUCAUCACAGGCACUUCGAUACCCUCGUCCUCAUCUCUCGUCUCAGUAACUACAAUGACAAACCCCAAGGCCCCAGGCGCACAACCCUCAGCAUCCCUUCGCUAUCUAUUCACCAUUCAAGAAAACCAACGUUGGUGGAUGGGUCUCGACUGGACUGCAGCUCUCCUCCCGUCGGAACGCCCUUCGUGGUCGACCACCUCUCUACUCCCAAUAGCUCCACCUGCCUCCUUCUCCUUACCCGAGGAUACAAUCUCGGUGAUCGAGCUACCGGACAAUGGGGGUAAAGGAAAGGGAAUGAAGGGGAAGAAACGCGUCUUGAAAAGGACGGCAAAGUGGAGAUGGGACGAGGCCGAGUGGAAAAUUCUCGUCAGACGGGAGGAUAAGGACGAUAAAGUAGAACGCGUGGAUUGUCCAUUACCCAUCGUGAAGGAGGAAAUGGAACAACAAUCGCAAAUUGCUACCUCUUCCUCUCUGAACUCGAUUGCUAGCGCGAGCAACGCAUCGGGGUCGACAACGACCAGUAGAUUCGCGUCUAAGCUCCUUGAGAGUAUCACCAGUAGCCCUUCCACUGGGGCGAACACGAGCUCGAGUGCGCCAAGUAUCGUUUCGCUCUCCGAAAUGGAGACCUCCACUUCGUCUCCUACGAAAUCACAAAAUCCUUCCUCUUCUCUUUCGGCGCCCUCUACACACCCGUCGCAAUCAGGGCAAUCCAACGCGCCGGAGCCUUCGUCUUCAGCGUCUUCGCCAUCCAUCCCUCCCACUUCUUCCCCUCAAAUCCCGCACACCGAUCCCUCUGGCUGGAUAUACACCGACAAUAAAUGGGAAUCGCCCCCUUCUUCCACUCAUAAAGGAGGCCUGGGUAAGUUUACGAGGUGUAGGAUCUGGGGAAGAGUGGCUGUUUGUGAGGAGUGGGUAGAGGAAGAAUACGUCAACGAGGAAGAUGUCACAAAGAAGACGGAAACCGUUGUCAAAAGUAACACGGAGCAACCCAAGAAGCAGCAGCCAUCGAGUCUGGUCGAAGAAGCGAGUAUUGUUGCCUCCGGAACAUUUACAUCGUCGACUUCGCCUCCCCUGCCUACUCCCACCUCCUCUACGGUAUCCCCGUCUUCCUCGCGAUUUAUGUCUUCCCCAAUUAUCACUGAAAUAGGCAAUGCAAAAACGAGUGCCAGAGAAGACCCGCAUGCGGGCGGAUCAUUGCAACAACGACUCAAAGCACUUGCAUCGAGAGAUAGGGAACGCUAG